UUGACUACUGAAUAACAUGGCGUGAUCCUAAAGGUUUCGAUUAUUAAGAUUUCUUUUAAUAUUUUCAUAAAGAUCUUUAGUAUAUCUAAAUAUUUUUAUUAAAACUACAUUAACAUGUUUAAUACUUUGAGAAACUCUAUUAUAUAUCAAAUUAAAAAAUACGGGCAACGAACGUAUAUAGGAAAUUCAUUAGAUACCAUUAUAAAUAAUUCAAAUCAACGACAAUCUAAAGAACCAUUGAAUAUUUCCUAUCGAUCAUGCGGCCAACCAACAGCAAUAACACAUCCUCAUUUAAUGAAGAAUGGAGAAAUUGUACCUGGUAUUCAGCUUUGUGAAUUCAAAAAGAGACGAAACAAACUGAUAAAGAAUAUUAUUUCAUAUGCUUGUGUCACAAAUCUAGGCAAAUCACAUAUUAUCAUUAUUCCUUCUGCAUCCAAAGUAUACAUGUCUGACAAAAUUCCGUAUGUUUUUCGUCAAAAUACGGACUUUUUAUAUUUUACUGGUUGUCAAGAAGCCAAUAGUAUUUUGAUAAUUACAGCAAAAAAUGAAAACUUCGCAACUACCCUAUUUCUAACACAACAAGAUGAACAUUCUGAACUAUGGGAUGGCCCUAAAACUGGAGUUGAAAUAGCACCUAAAAUGUUUGGUGUUGAUGCAGCAUUUCCAGUAACAGAGUUCGAACAGUUUUUUACUUCUUUUAUGAAUGAAAAUAAAAAAAGUACUAUUUGGUAUGACAAUGUUGAUGUAGCACAACCCAAUUUACACAAUAAAUUAUGUGAAUUAAUGAAAAUAACAAGUGGUCAAAUGGUUGUUUCUCCAACAAAUAUAAUACAUAAAAUUAGAUUAAUUAAAUCACAAUCUGAAAUAAAUUUAAUGAAAAAGAGUUGUGAAAUUAUAUCAGCAGCAAUAUCUAAAACUAUAGAAAUAUCAAAACCUAAAAUGAGUGAGCAUCAUCUGUUUGCAACUGUGGAUUAUGAAUGUAGAAUGAAUGGUGCAGAAUUUUUAGCAUAUCCACCAGUUGUUGCUGCGGGUAACAAUGCUAAUAUUAUCCAUUAUAUUACUAACAAUCAAAUAAUUAAAGAUGGAGAUAUGGUUUUAAUGGAUGCAGGUUGUGAAUAUCAUGGUUAUUCAUCUGAUGUAACCAGAACAUGGCCAAUUAAUGGAACAUUUACUCAAGAACAAAAAGUCUUAUAUGACAUAGUACUGGAUGUUCAAAAUAUUUUAAUUCAUAAACUAAAAGAAUUACCAUCGUUAGAUCAAUUAUAUCAUGAUAUGUGCUUUUUAUUAGGCAAAAGAUUACAAGAAAGUGGUCUAAUACCAAAAUAUUUGAAUAAAAACGAAUUAUUUUCUGCGGUUUACACUUAUUGUCCACAUCAUGUAAGCCAUUAUUUGGGGAUGGAUGUACACGACACUGGGAAGAUUUCUAGGAGUCUGAAGCUUCAACCAGGAAUGAUAGUCACAGUGGAACCUGGAAUAUAUAUUAAUCAUAAAAAUCGAUUUGCGCCAUCAGAAUUUUAUGGCUUAGCUGUUCGUAUUGAAGAUGAUAUUUUAAUAACAGAAAAUGAUCCAAUAAAUUUAACGGAAAACUGUCCAAAAGAAAUUAUCAAAAUUGAAGCUUUAGCGAGUCAACAUUUGUAAUGAUGAAAUUAAGUAUAUAAUACAUAAAAGAUGACUGCAUACAAAAUUAUGCAUAUUUUUAUUUUAUUCGUAAAUUUGUUUAAAUGUGAACAAAUGAAUAUUAUAUACUUGUAACCAAUAAAGGAUAACUAAGAAAAAUAAUAACACGGUAUACACAAAAAGGGCUAGUACAAACAUUUAUGUAAAAUUAAAUUCAUUCACGAACUGUUUACUUAAAUAUAAACGAUAGCCCAAACGCCACAAAUAUAUAUAUA